AUGAGUUCAGAUCGUGCAAGUAUUCAAAGCCAUGUGCCCCACGAUAUGGACAAACGUGGUGAAAAGGUCACCAUGGACAUGGAACAUGGACCCAGCAAAGAAAAUGGAGAUGUGAUUGAUCACGGAGCCGAUACACAGCUUCAUCGCUCGCUCGGCACUCGCCAUCUUACCAUGGUGGCUCUGGGGUCUGCGAUUGGCAUGGGCAUGUGGCUCGGAAGUGGCACGAUUCUCAUCAACGGAGGCCCGGCUAAUAUGUUUAUCGGCUUCGUGAUUAGCAGCUCCAUCGUAUGGGCCGUUUGCCAGUCCAUCGGCGAGAUGGCGUCCAGCCGCUGGGUUUGCUUUGGGCUGGGAUACUGGUUCUCCUACUGGAUUACCAUUGCAAACGAGCUCCAGGGCGUCGUGACCGUACUCGGCUACUGGACCAACGAGGUGCCGACGGCGGCUUUGAUAACGAUCUUCUGGGUUGUGAUAAUUCUGAUUAAUGUUUGGGUGGUGAGGUUCUUUGCCGAUGUGGAAGUAUUCUCGUCUACUAUCAAGUUUAGUUGGAUGUUUGUUGCCAUCGUGGCAUUGAUUGUGAUUGCCGCUGGAGGCUCUCCCCAAGGGGAACCGAUCGGGUUCCGCUACUGGAAUGCGCAGCCCUUCAACAACGGCGUCAAGGGCUUCCUCAGCGUCCUACCAACCUGCGUGUUCGCCAUGGCUGGGUCAGAGAACGCAGCGCUGGUGGCCACCGAGGUUGCAAACCCACGAAGAUCAAUGCCGAAGACCAUUGGAUCGAUUUGGCUCCGACUCGGCCUCUUCUACAUCCUAGGUAGUCUAUCAAUUACCUUGACGGUUGACCCUAAGGAUCCUUCCCUGUUCGGUGGCUCCGGUAGCGACGCAUCGCCCUUUGUGAUUGCAUUCAAGCGCGCCGGCCUCACGGCCCUGGCCCAUAUGACCAACGCCGUGAUUCUGAUCUCGAUCGUCUCCACGGGGAGUAUCUCCGGCUACGGUGGAUCCCGCAUGCUAAUGGGACUGGCCCAUGUCCGCAUGAAUCACCCGAUAUUCGGCAAAGCCGACGCAAUGGGCCGUCCGUGGGCCGGAUACAUCGCUACCAUCGGCAUCGGCGGAGCCCUGGCCUACCUCAAUGUGUCGCAGACCGGAGUCCAGGUCUUCACCUGGCUGUCGAACCUGGUCUCCCUCCUGACGCUCUUCGGCUGGGGCAUGAUCUGUCUCUCUCAUCUCCGCUUCCGCUACACUUGGAAGCUGCAAGGUCGUGAUCAGACACACAUUCCCUGGCGAACCUGGGCGUAUCCGUACGCUACGUGGUGGGGCUUGGCGUGGUGUAUCGCCUUGAUCGGGCUGGAGCUUUACUUGAGCAUCUGGCCCCUGCACGAACAGCCGUCGGCGAAGACUUUCUUCGCCAAUUAUAUCAGUGUGAUUGCGGUGGUGAUCAUCUGGGUGGGGGCGCAGAUCUGGUACCGCUGCCCGCUGUGGGUGGAUGCGAGCACCAUCGACCUCGAUCAGUUUCGGCGCUUCUAUGCUGAGCGGGCUGAUGAGGAGUCAACGCCGGUGAGGAAGUCGGUGGUGAGGAAGGUGAAGGCCCUGUUUGAAUGA